CUGAGCGGCGCUAACGUCGGCUCGUGUGAUUGGCCCAGAGGUUUGGCGCCUCCGCAGCAGCCGCGGUGACGGACGCGGAGCGGUUUGAACAUCAGCAGCGCGGAGGCGGAAGCAGCGGAACCGUUUUAAAACGUCACUGUCCGGGCGAACCGAACCGAGAUUCUGCUCCAGGAACGCGGCAGCUCCAGAGCUGGACUCGGGCCCGAGGCGGAGGCACGGCGGCUCCUUCUGUAGCCGUCUGUGGGUGCGGUGAAGCCGGCGUCGCGCACAGCGAGUCGCUCCCUCCUCCCGUUGCUAACGGCUAACUAGCCGGCGAGCUAACGUAGCAGCUAAUCCCGGACACAAAGGACGACUUCCCCCGUGUUUGGCCUGUCGCUCCCCGGCAGCCCCGGUGAAUGAGGCCGGGUUCUCCGGUGCGGUUUGAUCAUGGUGCUCACUGGGAAGCGCUCGGAGAAAGGUCCCGCUUGCUGGAAGAGGAGGGUCAAGUCUGAGUACAUGAGGCUGCGGCAGCUCAAACGCUUCAGACGGGCCGACGAGGUCAAGAGCAUGUUCAGCACCAAUCGUCAGAAGAUCGUGAAGCGAACUGACAUUCUGAACCAGGAGUGGAAGACCCGGCGAAUCCAGCCUGUCCACAUCAUGACGUCCGUCAGCUCUCUAAGAGGAACCCGAGAGUGUACGGUGGAUAGCGGCUUCUCAGAGUUCCCUCGGCAGGUCAUCCCCCUGAAGACGCUCAACGCUGUGGCCUCAGUGCCGGUCAUGUACUCCUGGUCACCGCUGCAGCAGAACUUCAUGGUGGAGGAUGAGACGGUGCUGCACAACAUCCCUUACAUGGGAGACGAGAUCCUGGACCAGGAUGGUACUUUCAUAGAAGAGCUUAUCAAGAACUAUGACGGCAAAGUCCACGGAGACAGAGAGUGCGGCUUCAUCAACGACGAGAUCUUCGUGGAGCUGGUUAAUGCUCUGUCACAGUACAGCGACAACGAGGAUGACGACGACGAGGAAGAACAGGACUUCAAGGUCGACAAGAUGGAGCUGUGUGACAGCAAGGAGCACCCGGAAGACCCCCGCAAGGAUGGGCUCCUUAACAGUGAGAGCCGAACCAGCAGCGACAGCUCCAAGAAGUUUCCGUCGGACAAGAUUUUUGAAGCCAUCUCCUCCAUGUUCCCCGACAAGGGCUCCACUGAGGAGCUCAAAGAGAAGUACAAGGAGUUGACGGAGCAGCAGCUGCCCGGCGCGCUGCCGCCUGAAUGCACGCCGAACAUCGACGGCCCCAACGCCCGCUCUGUGCAGCGUGAACAGAGCCUGCACUCCUUCCACACACUGUUCUGCCGGCGCUGCUUCAAAUAUGACUGCUUCCUCCACCCUUUCCACGCAACUCCAAACACGUAUAAACGCAAGAACCUGGAGAACCUGGUGGAAAGUAAACCCUGCGGCAUCGACUGCUACAUGUACCUGGUGCAGGACGGGAUGGUGAGGGAGUACCCGGAAGGCGUGGUCGCUGAACGAGCCAAAACUCCCUCCAAGCGCACAGUGGGCCGUCGCCGCGGACGACUGCCCAACAGCCGGCCCAGUACUCCCACCGUUUCCUCGGAAACCAAAGACACCGACAGCGACCAAGAGGAAAGCAAAGACGAUGAGCGGGACGACAAAGACGAUGACGACAAGAAGGACGACAACACCAGCAGCUCAGAGGGGAACUCGCGCUGUCAGACUCCAGUGAAGAUGAAGCUGACGGAUGAGGCUGAGGCGGUGGAGUGGAGCGGAGCCGAAGCUUCUCUCUUCAGGGUUCUCAUCGGGACAUACUACGACAACUACUGCGCCAUCGCACGGCUCAUAGGCACCAAGACCUGCAGACAGGUUUACGAAUUCAGGGUCAAGGAGUCGAGCAUCAUCGCUCGGGCUCCUGCCGAAGACGAGGACACGCCUCCGAGGAAGAAGAAGAGGAAACACAGACUGUGGGCCACUCACUGCAGGAAGAUUCAGCUGAAGAAAGACGGCUCGUCCAAUCACGUGUACAACUACCAGCCGUGUGACCACCCACGGCAGCCCUGCGACUCGUCCUGUCCCUGCGUCACCGCUCAAAACUUCUGUGAAAAGUUCUGCCAGUGCAGCUCUGAGUGUCAGAAUAGAUUCCCGGGUUGCCGGUGCAAAGCCCAGUGUAACACCAAGCAGUGUCCCUGCUACCUGGCGGUGAGGGAGUGUGACCCCGACCUCUGCCUGACCUGCGGCGCCGCCGACCACUGGGACAGCAAAAACGUGUCCUGCAAGAACUGCUCCAUCCAGAGAGGAGCCAAGAAGCACCUGCUGCUCGCCCCGUCAGAUGUGGCAGGUUGGGGCAUCUUCAUCAAAGAGCCGGUCCAGAAAAACGAGUUCAUCUCGGAGUACUGUGGAGAGAUUAUCUCUCAGGAUGAGGCCGACCGCAGAGGAAAGGUCUACGACAAAUACAUGUGCAGCUUCCUCUUCAACCUCAACAACGACUUUGUUGUUGACGCCACGAGAAAAGGAAACAAGAUCCGCUUCGCCAACCACUCGGUCAAUCCCAACUGCUAUGCAAAAGUGAUGAUGGUGAACGGAGAUCACCGGAUCGGGAUCUUUGCCAAGCGAGCCAUCCAGACCGGAGAGGAGCUCUUCUUCGACUACAGGUACAGUCAGGCGGACGCUCUGAAGUACGUCGGGAUCGAGCGGGAGCUGGAGAUCGCCUGAGCCUGACUUCUACCUCCUGUGGAUCAGCGACACGACGGCCUUACACACAAACCGACACACGCUCACUUCAGGAAAUCCAGACCACUCGUCAACAACGCUAGAAAGCUUCAGGAAAUCUGGGAAUAUUGUUUUUAUACCUUUCAUAUCCACUUUUCUUUGAGGGUUUUUUUUUUUUUUCCUGCUGUCACCAAAUCUUCCUUUUCUGUGGGGGGGGUGUUUUUGUAUUCACGAACCUCCUCAGCUGAAGGUGACAUCACCUACGACCUGAACGGUUCUUUUUAAACAAAUAUCUGAACAUCAAGUGUCGGCCAUUGAGACGACAAACCCUCGACUGUCUGUCAGGCUUCAGUGACCAAACCUUCACCCCCCCGCUCUGUUUGUACCUUGUUCUUAUUCAGUGAACGAACCAGCAGCCACUGACCGCUCUGUAGAACACGGCUGCUGCUUCAGGUGCUAACGUCAACAAACAGGAAACCCGACAAACGUGUGACGCUUUGUUUCCUGAUCCAGAAGGUUUUCACUUCCUGUCUCCGCUGUCGUCUGUCAGUUCGUGUUUUCCUCGGCGGCUCCACUGUGCUCGACUCUUCCUCGGCUCCUGGUUUGUGCCUCGUCUUCACGUUGCUUCUCGUCCGUGUGAAGAAACUGAAACUUUCAGCUUCUUGUUCAAAGUCACUGACUCGAUGAAACUCAGGAGCAGAUUCUGAUAGUUCCCCAGUUUAAGAGUGAACACGUCGAUAUUGAAGGGCUUCAAACUAUUUAUCAUCACGUCAAUGGUCUUUUUUCUGUUUAAUCGUGUGAUGCUUUCAAAUGUCGUGUUUAACGAACCUUAAGAGCUUCAAUUAAAAAUGGAUAUAAAACAAAAUCUUGAAAUUCUUAAAGUUUGAGAAACUGGAGAUAAUUUUCCAAAGUAAACGUGUUAUGAGAUUCAGACGAGGUCGAGCACAGUGACCUGAGGACAUGUUUGUGGAAGCUGCCUCGUCCCGCUCUGCUGUGCCUUGUCACUCCAUGUUUGUAGAUCCUGCUUUUCACUUAGUGCAUGAAGAGGUUUUCAGAAGAGGGUCCUCACGUUACUGUACUGCCUCCUCCUGGUGAUGUCCAAUCAGUAGAAUUUAAUCUUCUUGGUUUUCGGAGCAUUCCUCUUGUUAAAUAAUUCUUUUACUAACGUGCAGACCAACACUCCCUCGGGGACUCUGGUGCUCGCUCCUGAUGUCGACUUGAAGCAAUACCAGCCGCUCUUCUCUUUACCUCCACCUGUCGUUAGGCAGAUGAAACCCGGUGCUUCGGUCGGACUCAUCCUGAAAUGUGGGAGAAAUGACUCCAGGUCGGGAGAAGAGAUUCAUUUAGUCUUUGUGACAUUUCCUGAACCUUUGAGUUUCUCAGACAGAUGUGCAGGAACAUUAAAAUUCUGACAAACAAUCGACAGCAGCUGUUUUCAUUAAGUGUUUAUCUCAGCGGCCGAGUGACGGGUCAGAAGUUCCCACGUGUUCCUGAACGUGUUUUUCUUUUUGAUCGUCGUUGAGCUGAAGAGGAAACGUGACUUUCUGAACUCUUCAGCUUCAUCGGUUCAGACUGUGCUAACUUCUCUUUCCUCUCGUCAGACCAGGACCACUUUUUUUCCUCCGAGAACACAGGUGCUGAUUUUUGUAAUGUUUACAGGGAUUCUUGUUGUUGGAAGUUGAUGCAGAUAAAAAUAUUAUAAAUG